AUGUCGCGAUUCGACCGUCGUCCUCCAGUUCCCACCCUCUCCCACCCCCACUUCUCCUCCUCCAGGUCUGUUGCUACGGUGACCUCGGAGCUGACCCGGAGACUGUGGACGUCAGCGCCGGCACAGAGGCCCUUCCGCGUGUGCAGCCACGACCGGACCUCGAGGAAAGGGGUGAUGGCCGGGACCCUGAGGGAGCUGAUCGACAAGGCCCUGGAUGUUCUCUUGAUGGCGGGUGCCGUCAGCGUGGUCCUGGACGAAGAUGGCACCGCAGUGGACAGCGAAGAGUUCUUCCAACACCUUGACGACGACACGGCCUUCAUGGUGCUGCAGAAGGGGCAGCGGUGGUGGGCCCCCAAGAGGGGAAUGGUUACCUACUCGCUCGCCCAGAAACCCAGGAACGCCAAAGAUAUCGCCCGAAUUACCUUCGAUAUCUACAAACUCAGCCCGAGAGAUCUGUUUGGCUCUCUCAACGUCCGGGCCACCUUUUAUGGCUUGUACUCUAUGACCUUUGAUGUCAAGUGUCUGGGUCCAAAGAAGGUGAUCAGGGAGAUGCUGCGUGUGACCUCCUCCCUGAUGUUCGCUAUUGGCCAGAUCCUCGUCACAGCUUCAGCAUUCGUGCGGCGCCUGGUGGAGGGAACUGACCGCAUCACAGAGUGCUAUGAUUGAUCCACGCACGCGCUCACACAUACACACAAUCACACACAGGUACAGGCACACACACAUGCACACACAAGUACAGGUACACGUGCACGCACACACAGUCACAUUCACCCAUGUACAGGAGCGUGCGUGCACACACAGGUACAGACACACGUGCGUGCAUACACAAUCACACUCAGGUACAGGCACACGUACAGGCACACACAAAUACACAGAUACAGACGUGUAUGCACAUACAUAAGUACAGGCACAUGCAUAUAAACUGAGUGAUAUGAAAAUACUGACAUGUGUACAUGCACAGACACACAGAUGACCAGAUACAGGCACACAUUCAGGUGUACAUGCACACAGACACACUGAUACACACACACAGGCACAUUGAUACACACAGUCCUUGACAUGGACAUGUGCACUCAGAGACACGUGGAGAUGUACAUCAAUGUUCACAGACAUAUGCCAACCAACAUGGACAGGGACAGACACACAGACGAGCAGUGAUACAAAUACAUACGGACACAUAUAUACAAGUGAUUUGGAUACACAUUCACAGUCACAUAGAGCCACACAUAUACCUGCAUAGGGUCAUAAAGGUACAGAGAGACACACACACGUUUACAGAUACACACACAGACACAAACACACACAGACAGACAGAUAAACAAUAAUGGACAGACAUACACAGAUACAGACACACAGUCAGAAACGCAGACACAUGCACUGAUACAGGUGCACGCGCACACACAGUCAGUCAGAAACACAGGCACAUACAUGGAUACAGGCACACACGCACACACAUGGACAGUCAGAAACACGGACACAUAUGUACAGAUGCGCACAUGUACACAGUCAGAAACACAGACACAUACAUACAGGCACACGUGCACACACAGACACAGGCCUGCAUGCACAGAUACAGGCGCACACACAUUUCCAGACACACACAUACAGUCAGAGACAGACAAACCCGCAGCGAUUCCCAGUCAGGCACAGACAAAGCCGAUCAGACCCACACCCCCAUCCCCUGGUUGUCAGUGUCAGUGAUUCGGCACUUGCUACAAUUAAAGAUGAAACU